AUGCGAGCUCUACUUCUGCUUCUCUUCGCAACGCAAGUACUUGCCGCACCACUCUCUUUAUCCGCAUACCCAUCUGGCCCUGCAUGUCUGGCUGUUCUUCUUACUAUCACUGUCGCCAUGACUACUCUGUUUUCCUUGAAGUUGUUAUUUAUGAGACACCGUCGUCUUACUAAGGCUUUGCCUUCAUGGUCCUCCUCGCCAAAUGCUUCUACAAAGUUCGACGCGUCGUACAGCACAGGAUCUCAAUAUCAAUCAGCGUGGUCACUGCCUUCGAAAACCCCGCCCGACACCCGCAACGGCGGCAUCUGGGUUGGUUUCUUUGGCUCCCCGCGAUCAGAAACGCGUUUCGACAUUCAGGCAAACAGCUACCAAGGACAGAGCCUCUACUACGUGCGGGAAUACUCGAAGCAUUCUAGGCGUUCCCGGAACUCCAGUACUAUCAGCAGAGGUUCCAUGGUCAGCAUUGGGAAGUCGGGCCUACCUGUGUCGACCGUCGUCGAAAGUCGAGCUUUGUACAAUCUUCGAGACGGGACAAAACAUGGCCGACCGCGAUCUCUUCGACUACCCUCAUAUCCGACUAAGGCCUACACGAAAACGCCCAAACCACGCCGAUUCUCUGCUCCAGCCGACUCUCGUUCUUCAUCACAGGCAGAUUCUCUCAGGAAGAGGCGGCACACCAGCUUGAAAAGCGUUCGAAGCCGCCGAUCUGAUAUAUCUGGUCUAAAUCUCGGUAAUUCCUCUUUACGGCUCGUCCACCCCCACUUCCACGCAGAGCCACCACUGCCAUUGCCUCCCGGAGCAAGACGUACUCCGAAUCUCCCUCCUUCACCCGCGCUCCCAAUUUCUGGACCUUUCUUUGCUCUACAACACCGGUUCCCAAUCUCACCGAGGUCAAAAAAGCAGCCGGCGCUCCCGGUUAAUUCUCCCAUCGAAGGGUUGCCUCAGACUGUCCAGAUAUCCCAUCCGUACGCCCUCAUGCCCGUCAAGCCAGGAAACCUAAGGCGACUAUCCAAGAUACCUCAAAUACCUUUGGAUAUGACGUGCCCCGAUUUCAGCCCCUUUUCUUCUCCUGCGACUUUCGGCACACAUCACUCCCCGUCUCCGGCUCAAGCGACAUAUGGCGCGGUACACGGAUUGCCACCAAUUCCUCCUCACUCCACCCCCGGCGUUCCGAUGUUUCCCUAUCCCAUACCGCCAGCUCCAGGAGUUAGUAUCCCUCUUCAGAAACCUAGAUCUAUAACGCCGAGGGUACGAAAAAGCCCCGUUGUUGGACCAUCACCCUUGCGAGUCAUGACCUUGCCCGAGGCCCCAUCCUCAGAUUCCGUUGGCGCCAAUAAAUGCCCCGAUGGACGCCUCAAACCGUCCCAAGAACAGAGAUCCGGGGAAGACAGCUCCAUCCGUCCUUUAUCGUCGUUCAAGGAUGCUGACGAGGAUGAGGCCGCGUUGCUGGGAAUCAUUCAGGAACUCAUAGAGGAAACCAGCGACUGGGAUCCCGACCUGUUCAUGGACGCAGGGUUUAAAACACUUCUUCACGAUACUUCCCUCAAAGCGAGUUCCGUUAGUUUGCGUGUGUUCGAGGAAGGGAAUGUCAGUCAUGAUAGUAGCAGCGGUCCCGAGCCCUCGAGCGGGUCUUCGAACCAUUCGGGAUCCGAUGAGAUGGACCUUGGACUCUUGGGGAUUGAAUUCUCUCCGACACGGAAAACCAAAGCCACCCCUCCACGAGCUAAACCUGUGGCUAGUAGCGACACUCAUUCCAAUAGCCUUAGGGAGGAUGAUCUUGUCUCGUUCUGGGACGAAAAGGGCUGGGAGAAAUCCUUUGCACCACAGUGA